AUGAUAAUCACUUGCAUGAUCAUAACAUCUGCUCUUGUUUUAGCAGCAACAGCAGCCGUUCCGAGAGUCAUUAACGUCGUGAAGUUAGGAGCCAUAGCCGACGGUGAAACAGACGCAACGUUGCCGUUUCAUUCUGCAUGGGCUUCUGCAUGCUCUUCUACUAAACCGGCCACUAUUUAUGUCCCCGUUGGGAGGUAUUUUCUUCGGUCCGGUUACUUCCAUGGUGAAAAAUGCAAAAACAAGGGUGUACACUUUGUUAUUGAUGGCACCCUUGUUGCUCCUGACUACCGAAAUACGAGUACUAAUAAUAGCUGGAUUCGGUUUGAUAAGGUUAUUGGUGUAUCUAUCUCUGGUGGAAAUUUAGAUGGUCGCGGUGAUUCCCUUUGGGCUUGCAAACGUUCUUCGGGUCAUGAUUGUCCCCCUGGUGCACCUAAUUUAGAGUUUACCAAUUCAAGAAACAUUGUGAUCACGAAAGUCACCUCAAUAAACAGCCAAAAGUUUCACAUGAUUAUCAAAGAUUGCCAAUAUGUUGAGCUCCAAGGGAUAACCAUAUCUGCCCCUGGAAACAGCCCCAACACGGACGGCAUCCACAUUGAAUUCUCUACCGGUAUCACCGUUAUCAACUCUCGAAUUUCUACUGGGGACGAUUGUGUAUCCAUAGGACCGGGUUCAUCUAACUUAUGGAUUGAAAGUAUUUCGUGUGGCCCUGGACAUGGUGUCAGCAUCGGCAGUUUAGGGUGGACCGUACAGGAGGCUGGAGUGAAGAACGUGACAGUGAAGACGGCGACAUUUACCUCAACCGAAAAUGGAGUCAGGAUCAAGACAUGGGCUAGGGAAAGCAACGGGUUCGUAAAAGGAGUUGUGUUCGAAGAUUUGACAAUGGUAAACGUUGAUCAUCCAGUGAUCAUUGACCAGAAUUACUGUCCUCACGAGGAGCGAAAUUGCCCUAAACAAGUAGCUGGAGUAACGAUCUCAGAUGUUCGUUAUGAAGACAUCCGUGGAACGUCCGCGAACCAUAUAGGGGUGAAACUUGAUUGCAGCAAGGAGCAUCCAUGCAUUGGGAUUAAAAUGGAUGAUGUCAAAUUAAGUUAUAAGAAUGGACCUGCUCAAAUAUAUUGCGUCAAUGCUCACGGAAACGCUAGUGAUAGUGGUUCCGCCGUUGUCCAUCACAUCAUGGCUUCACCUUCACCGUCUUGUUUCUUAGAAGAUUGA